UGCACUAUCAAAGAAUUGAUUUGGACUAUUUGGAAUGCACGUAUGGAGCUGAAGUGAGAGCAUUUCUUGCAAGUCACGACUCGCCUGUGGCCCGAACAGGCUGCACUGCCUGCUGGAGUCUCAGCCAAUGUCAGCGCUGCUAGGCUAACGUUAGUUAGCCACUGCCAUGAAGAACGGCGUGCUGUUGGCGCCUGUAUUGUUGUUGUAAAGCUGAGGACACAAAAGGGAGCCUGUAGUAAUUUAGCUAACCUAGACGAGUAUAGGUUAAAAUACAGUUGAAGGACAUUCAUAUGGAUGUGGAAUUCCACUGCACCAGCAAACUGCAUGCCUGAUUUCCCAUGGGUGUGGUCACCACCAUGGACCCCGAAUCAGCCCGGCAACCCCAGGUCCCGCCGCAAGGCAAGUUGAGUAGCAGCGGGCCUGUCUUUGUGGCUGGUCGAGGGACAGGGCUUAGGCCUCGAGGUAAACAUUACGUAUGUGGCUCUGUGGCUGCCUUCACUAACAUCAUCAUCACGUUCCCCAUUCAGAAGGUGCUCUUCCGGCAGCAGCUGCAUGGCUUGCGGGCUACAGAGGCUGUGCAGCAGCUUCAGCGUGAGGGCUUGCGCCACUUGUAUCGCGGCCUCCUGCCGCCGCUGUUGCAGAAGACCACCACAGUGGCCAUCAUGUUUGGCCUUUAUGAGGACUUCUCCCGUCUGCUCCUGCAGCAUGCCCGUGGCAGUGGGGCACCUGAGCUGCUGACCCGCAGCAUGGCAGCUGCUCUGGCUGGCACGGCUGAGGCCGCUUUGACACCGUUCGAGAGGGUGCAGACACUACUGCAGGACCACCGUCACAAUGGGCGCUUCCAAAACACAGCCCACGCCUUCCGGACUCUGCUCCGCGACUAUGGAGUGAAAGAAUGUUACCGUGGUCUUGUACCUGUGCUGCUGCGCAAUGGACCCAGCAACGUGCUCUUCUUUGGUCUGCGUGGGCCCAUUAAGCAGCGUCUGCCCGAUGCCCACACCAAGACGGGGCACCUCCUCAACGACUUUGUGUGUGGUGGGCUACUGGGAGCAGCACUGGGCAUCAUGUUUUACCCGCUGAACGUGGUGAAGUCGCGAGCACAGGCGCAGGUGGGUGGUGAGUUUGUGCCCUGUUUGCGGGUUCUGGGCACCGUGUGGAGGGAAAGAGGUGGGAGUGUGGCCUUGUUGUUCCGUGGAGCCACGCUCAACUACCAUCGCUCACUGCUCUCAUGGGGCAUCAUCAACGCCACUUACGAACUCCUGCUCAAAGUCGUCUGAGGAGGGAUGGAGGGUUGGGUACACUUGAGGAUGUUUGCCAUCUGAGCGGGUAUUUCACAAAGCAGGAUUUCUCAGUUUGCUACUUGAGCCCAAAGUCUAAUGGAAGUUCUUAAUUGUUGGUCCUUAUUUUGGACUUAAGCUAUCCAACUUUACUGAAAGAACCAGCUUUGUGCAAUAUCCUCUAUUUAUAUAAAUAUCUGUAUUUGUCAGUAAGAUGGAUAAAUAAACCAAAACUGAAGGUUGUCCCGUAGGAAUCUCCUUGUAUUGGACAGGCUUGAUAUUUGGGCUUUACAUGUCUGGUUAACUGAGAAAUCCUGCUUUCUGGAAUACCCCCUCAGCCUGAGUUGAGAAUCUUGUAUUCUUUACUACAGCACAGUUUGUUUGACAUCUAGGACACUGCCAUUUCCUUUUGUAUUCAUGAACAGGUUGAACUGCACUUCAUAAAAGAUCAUAAAAGAACUGUUAAUGUUGUGUUGCCUGAAUGUUCCAUUCAUACUUGGCGAAAAAUGUGCUGCAAACCUGAAUUUAACCCUUUUUUAUAUCCUUACCGCUAUAAAUGAGUAUUGAGACGUGGUCUGUAUAUCCCCAAGAUGGGGAUUAAGGAUUAAAAUGUUACAAGGCUGAAAACAGUUUUUGAAUUUCUGGAGAGGAAGUCCAUUUUCUCUUGUUAAUUGUAUCAAUCCUUAAUAAAACGCACAGAUCGGUGCCUGGACCAUACUAGACAGUUAUUCAGUCCAUUCUGUUGGUCUCUGCUCGUUUUGACAUUGUGAAAAGGAAAAAAAAAACAUUUUAUUCCAAUUUGAUGAAUUAUGGAGAAACACAAACGUGGCUGGGAUGCUCAUUAAGCCGUACAAGAGAAUGUGGAUGGCUAUAUUCUCCUUAAGGAGGCAAGGACAGGUGUCCACUUUUCUUUUUGGUAUGCCACCAUAACAGCCAAUCAGGCAUCUGUGAGGUCACAUGACACUUGGGAGCCUGAUGUUUUUCCUAGAGCACUUAGGUGGCAUGACCAGUAGUUAAGAAUGAUUCAUCCCACCCUGAUUGGACUGACAGGGCAGUAGGAGAAAGUCUUUAUACAGUGAGACUUGGCUAUGAUAUGAUCCUAUGAGAUAGGAAUUAAUAUCUACUUGUGAAUGGAAAGUGAAAUCUUAAGUCUGACAACUGGGGGAAAAUAAGCCCGUUUUCUGCAGAGGUGUAUGGAAGUGAUGCAGGUUACAUUGUGUGACGAGCAGACACUAAGUAAUUUGGAACUUGCAAAUGAAAUGUGAAAAAUUGUACUUAUUGUGCCUUUAGUAUACAUUGUGGUGUAACAGAUUAUGGCACACUAAAGGACCAUCAGAUGAAAAAGCCUCUUAUGUCAUUGCUUGUCAAUUGGAUAAAGUCCAAGGAAAAAAACUUUCUUGUAUGUGUGUUGUGAUGAUUCAAAACUUCCCUGUUAUUGUAAGUGAAAAGUAAACAAUGAACAAUUACACUGA